GUGGCCAAUGGAGAAACCGUCCUGGUUCACUCCUAUGUUCUCAUGUCUGCCUCGGAGGUUUUCACCAGGAUGUUGCAAUCAGAGGUCUUUCUGGAGGCACAGACUGGCCGCAUCGUGUUGAAGGACAAGACUCGCGAGGAGAUCCAAGAGGUCUUAAAGCAUCUGGACCUGCGGAAUGGAGCUGAACCACCGCCUGUGACCGACCAGAAUGUAGAGUUGCUGGUGCGGUUUGCCGAUGAGUAUCAGGUCACUGGAUUGCGAGAGCGUUGCAUUUCUGCAAUGAAAGUGCUUGCGAAGCAGAAGAUGAUCCGCUAUUUGAAGUUGGCAAUCAAGUACAACAUGCCAGAUAUCGUUGAGCUGUGCGUUCAACACUUGGUCGAGCUGCAGUGCGAUGAAGGCGAAAGACAAAGACAAAGAAAUCCUCUAUUCGGGUUUAUGUCCAGCCACACUCACGCGCCCACGAGAGCGGAUCGGGCAGGGGCAGCUUUGAGAGAGAAAGCCAAGGAUACCUUGCUGGGCCUGGAAGACAACCCAGCUGUGAGGAGUGCAGUGUACCGGGAGGUCUACAAGAUGAUAGUAGAAGAUCAGGCUGAGAACGUGCGGAGUGUUCGUGAGGAAGAAACAUCGGUGCCUUGCUCCAGACAUUGGAAGACGCUGGUGACCAUGUUGCUUGCGAUGAGGAUAGAAUGCCCAAAGGGAAAAGUUGUGCAGGACGAAAUGCCACAUGGAUGGAUGGCCGCUUUUUGGCCCUUGUUGAGCAUGGCUGUCGCAGACUUUGAAACAAUCAGAGAUGCAGAGUACAAGGACGUGCUGACCAAGCCGGAAAAUUUUGUACAGGUGGAUCAGGAAGGUGAAGAAGAGGAGGAAAACGCUGAGGAUGAGGAGGUUAAUCCAUCAUAA